AUUAUCGUUAAUUCCUAUCUGUGAGUUUUCACGUUUAAUUAAUCUCCGUCUCCCACCUGAGAUAUUGCUGUGCGCAAGAAUCAGCUAGCCGAUGGAUCUGUGGUACGCACGUACGCACGUAGAUGCAUGCAUGCACUGAUACAUCAACUUCGUCUCAGGCUAGGGUUUUCUGGUUCUUUGUCCGCGUUUAAUUCAUAUAUUUCUCUGCGUGUGUGUGUGUGUAUGGCGGCCUUAACCCUUAAAUCUCCGCAAAGCUAUGGCACCUCUGCGUCUCCUUCUCCGCCUUCCCUUUCGCGGCUUUUCGCCGGAGAGCAUUGGGGAGGACCCUCGGCGCCCUUGUUUGCUUCCGGCUGUCAUGCCAUUACUCGCGAAGAAGAAUUCUGCGGAGAGAAUAAAGUACAAGUAGCGUUGCAAGGGGAUGAUGGGAAAAUGGGAAGUCGUCGGGAGUUGCAGGGGUUAGUGAGGCCGAUGAAGAAAAGGCCGGCCAGGAUAGUGAUACCGGAGUUUUGUCCCGGGCCGGAGUUCAGGAGAGUGCCGGCCGGCGGGAGGGGUUGUUCCGACGAGAAUGGAUCACAAGUGAUGGCGGUAGAAGGGAGAGAUUUCUUCGUGGCGUGCAAGAAAGGAAGGAGAGAAGUGAUGGAAGAUGGGUAUAGUGCCAUGGUUGACAUUCUUGGAGAUCCCAACCAGGCAUUUUUCGCUGUAAUAGAUGGGCAUGGAGGUCGUGCGGCUGCUGAUUAUGUCGCUGAAAAUUUGGGAAAGAACAUAAUGAAAGCAGUGGAGCAUGUUGGGGAAGAAGGAGAUUUUCAUUUAGAGAAAGCAAUUCGAGGAGGGUAUUUGGCCACCGACAAGGAAUUUCUCAGCCAGGGUGUAUGUGGUGGAGCUUGUGUUGCCAGUGUGCUCUUCAAAGAUGGAGAAGCAUAUGUUGCAAAUGUGGGUGACUGCAAAGUAGUAGUGAGUAGAAAAGGUGUAGCUAAUGCAUUAACAAAUGAUCAUCGUGUUGCUACUAGAGAAGAUGAACGUUUGCGAAUAGAAAGCUCAGGAGCAUAUGUCCAUUGUCAUAAUGGUGUUUGGAGAGUACAAGGAUCCCUUGCAAUUUCUAGAGCUAUUGGCGACCUGUACCUAAAAGAAUGGAUCAUUUCCGAACCAGAGAUUACGAAGUUUUGUUUAACUUCAGAGUGUCAGUUCUUGAUUGUAGCUUCUGAUGGCUUAUGGGAUAAGGUAAAGGACCAAGAGGCAGUUGAUAUGGUUUUACAGGAUAAAUACUCACUGGAAUCUUCCAAGAAACUCGUGGAUGCAUCAUUUAAUAGAGGCAACAAGGAUGACAUAACUGUUAUGAUAAUUGACCUUCAAAAAUUUAUGGCAACAAGUAUUUGACUUUACAGUUUGAGAAUUCGGGUGCACAACAAAUUCUUCUUAAUUAUCUUGUUAGCUACAUACAUGUCUUUGUAUGUAUGCAGUGGAGAAGGUGAUAAUAUAUGCGCAACAAGAAAGUAAAAAUAAUAUUAGAGUUGACAUAGAAAUAUAUAUAAACUAGAGCUUGUUUUUUAACUCCCAAGUGGGUCUUUACCAUUGAGAGAAAUUAGAGAUGGAAAGAAUUGCUAUAUGUUUAUAUCCUACCUAUUGUUAUUAGCAUCUUUUCCUUUGUGUUCAUUUAUGUGUAUAUGUGAGAGAGUACCAAAUAUUUAAUCUUUCAUAGUUUUAUUCCAAUGAGAUAUCUUUGAUUACUUUA